UGGAGUUGGAAAAAUUUUUGCAGUAAAAAAACCACGCCGGAGUUUUAGAUUGCUAAGAAGACCAUUCGUAUUGCGAAGGCAAAUGCGCGUCAUUGUAUCCUGGAAACGUGGAAGAAGUCCGAAUCAGGAGUGUGACGACUGCUUACCUAUCUCAAAAAGAAUAACAAGACUGAAUAUACAAGCAAGUAGACACAGCAUCGAUAAGAAAGAGUCCUUGACAGAAAUACCACAACCAGGUAGUUCAAAUGGCAGUGUUCCAGUAAGUCCAGAAGUCCAGUUACCAUGGCAACACUGUUGUCAAAGAGGUCCAUAUCAAGGAAACAACAAUAAUCUGAAUUAUCUCCCCUGUGGUUCUAGUCAAUGUGACACUGUACAAGGGUUAAGUACCACCAAAAAUGGCUUACAAGAAUACGCUGUUCAUCACGGAAUCCCUAAAGAAGACUUUAAUGGCUACAAACCUGAGUUAACGCAGACUGAAAACCCGCACUAUUAUCAGAUCAAUAGUGUGCUUUAUAGAGCGCACCUUGAAAAGGCGAGUCGGCAAGGCAUGCAGCUUAAAGAGUGACUUGUGUCAUAAUUAACAAAUAAUGAACCUCAGCAUUUGUCUUUCAAUUGUUUCAUUGUCAUUUUUGUAUAUUUAUGCAUUUUUGUUAUGGCAGUUAGUUGUUAUUUAGUUCAUAUUGUGUUGUAAGUAAGCUAUAUGGUGUUGGAGGAAUGUCCUGUAGCCAUUGUCUCACAUUGUAUUUUGCUUAGAAUUAAUUUAAGUAAUAUGUUAACUACUAUUAUAUAAUAUGACGUGUCAUAAAAUCCUAUUUUUUCCUGGUAAAAUUACAUUGAAGUCAUUGAUUUUGUUUCAUGCUUCGUGUGAAGUUGUUUAACUGUUAUGUAACUACAUAAUUAUUAGGAAUUAUUUAGUUUGAAAUAUCAUUUCAGUUAGCAUUUUUGGCUGAAUGUUAGUUAAUCUUAUUUAAAAAUCUAGAUUUACUGAAUAAAUAAUGUGUAAAGAAUUAACUUCAUUGAAGAGUCAGGUUUUGCUCUGACCUUUUUUAGCUCCAUUGAAUAAUACAUUUCUCUUGUUUGAUUUAGCUUUAGUGAACAGUUAUACUUUGCUCUAGCCUAAUUUAGCUUCUCUGAACAGUCAGACUUUGUUCUAGUCUGAAUUAGCUCCCCUGAACAGUCAGACUUUGUUCUAGCCUGAUUUAGCUCCCCUGAACAGUCAGACUUUGUUCUAGCCUGAUUUAGCUCCCCAUAACAGUCAGACUUUUUUCUAGCCUGAUUUAGCUUUCCAUAACAGUCAAGACUUUGUUCUAGUGGGAUUUAGCUUCCCAUAACAUUCAGACUUUGUUCUAGCCUGAUUUAGCUCCCCUGAAUAGUCUCACUUUGUUCUAGCAUGAUUUAGCUCCCCUGAAUAGUCAGACUUUGUUCUAGUGUGAUCCCCAUAAAUGUCAAGACUUUGUUCUAGCCUGAUUUAGCUCCCCUGAAUAGUCUGACUUUGUUCUAGAUUGAUUUAGCUCCUCAUAACAUUCAGACUUUGUUCUAGCAUGAUUUAGCUUCCCUGAAUAGUCUUUGUUCUAGCCUGAUUUAGCUCCCUAUUACAGUCAGACUUUGUUCUAGCAUGAUUUAGCUCCCCAUAACAGUCAAGACAUUGUUCUAGCCUGAAAUAGCUACCUGAACAGUCAGACUGUUCUAGCCUGAUUUAACUACCUUGAACAGUCUGACUUUGUUCUAGCCUGAUUUAGUUGUCCCGAACAGUUAAGACUUUGUUCUAGCCAGAUUUAGCGCCCAAUAACAUUCAGACUUUGUUCUAGCAUGAUUUAGCUCCCCUGAAUAGACUUUGUUCUAGCCUGAUUUAGCUCCCCAUAACAGUCGGACUUUGUUCUAGCUUGAUUUAGCUCCCCAUAACAUUCAGACUUUGUUCUAGCUUGAUUUAGCUUCCCUGAAUAGUCUCACUUUGUUCUAGCCUGAAAUAGCUACCCUGAACAGUAAGACUCAGUUCUAGCCCGAUUUAGCUGCCCUGAACAGUCAAGAAUUUGUUCUAGCUUGAUUUAGCUGUCCUGAACAGUCAGACUUUAUUCUAGCUGGAUUUAGUUGCCCUGGACAGUUAAGACUUUGUUCUAGCCUAAUUUAGAUUCUCUGAUCAGUCAGACUUUGUUCUAGUCAGAUUUAGCUUCCCGUAACGGUCAACUUUUGUCAUACCUUGUUCCAGUCUUAGCUUUAGUUACAGUCGGGAUUUACUCCACUGAACAAUCUAACUUUGCUCUGGCCAUAUUUAUCUUCAUUUGAACUGUUUUUUAUGCCCCCGAAGGGAGGCAUAUAGUUUUUGAACCGUCUGUCUGUCUGUCGGUCUGUCCGCAAUUUUCGUGUCCGGUCCAUAUCUUUGUCAUCGAUGGAUGGAUUUUCAAAUAACUUGGCAUUAAUGUGUACCACAGUAAGACGACGUGUCACACGCAAGACCCAGGUCCGUAGCUCAAAGGUCAAGGUCACACUUAGACGUUAAAGGUCAUUUUUCAUGAUAGUGCAUUGAUGGGCAUGUCCGGUCCAUAUCUUUGUCAUUCAUGCAUGGAUUUUAAAAUAACUAUGCAUGAAUGUGUGACACAGUAAGAAGAUGUGUCGCGCGCAAGACCCAGCUCCGUAGGUCAAAGGUCCUAAACUCUAACAUCGGCCAUAACUAUUCAUUCAAAGUGCAAUCUGGGGCAUAUUUCAUCCUGUGGAGACAUCUCUUGUUUUUUCAUCUUUCAUUUAGCCUGAUAAGAUCCAUUGGACAGUCAUUAAAUGCACUUGUUUGAUUUAAGCUUUACUGACUGCAGCUGAACAGUUAUACUUUACUCUAGCCAGAUUUAGCUCCCCUGAAACAAAAUGUUAGCAAGCUAGCAUCUCAGUAACUAUAAAUCACCUUGGAAUGAAACUUCACACACUUCUUUGCCAUGUUAAUGCCAGCUGAAUGACAUAGGUUAUAUAACUCUUGCUAUGACUGAUGAAAUUAUGCCCCUAUUUGUACUUGCUUUUUUCAACAAAAAUUCUGGAUGAAAUUGUCAGCGAGUUAGUUACUCAGUAACUACAAUCAUAAGUCACUGUACACUUGUCUUUGCCAUCAUAAUUCAAAUAGUAUGAACUAAGUUUCAUAGCUCUGAUGCCAUUUUGAUGAUAUUAUAUUCCUGUUUUAUACUUGGAAUUUUUGUAUACAAAUAUUUCAAGCUUAUGUUCCUUUUGUCUUUCUGGGGUAUAUUCUGUUAUUCUCUGCCCCCCUCCACCACCACCUCACUGCAGUCACCAACAAGCAAAUAUUUUCUACCCCCACAAAAGGCAGAGGGAUACAGCUUUAGCGUUGUCCAUAUUCGUAUCCAAUAGAAGACAUUAUUUGUAGUAUUCAAGUAGAACUUGAUAGACUUGAUAUUCUGUCAUUAAGAGAGAUAAUAUCACAUACAUGCUUUGAAUAUUGCAAUAAAAAAGAAACGCUAAUUGAUAUGGAGUCAAAUCUAAGACUUUGUUUGAAGGAUUCCAAUAAAACAUGUUUAUAUAAUAGAAAUGUUUUAAAUUUUUCUUCCUUGUCCAAGCUUUGGGGAGCUCUUGUUUAGGUACUUGAUAACAUGUAAAUGUUUUACAUCAUUCUUGGUAACAUAAACAAUUUGGAAAGAUGGUAAUAGGAAAUUUUAGCAAUUUUUUUGUAACAUUUCAAUUUUUAAUAUAAAUAGAUCAGUUUUGAAUUUAUCAUUAAGAAUCAAUUUUGCUGUUAGUAUUUGCCUUUUAAUAUUUUUAACUAGAACUUUAUUAUAUGAUACAAAGAAAGAAUCCUGAUUAAGUUUGUUUAUAUCUUUUGUUGUUGUUGUUUGGUUUUUCAAUUGAGAAGUCAUUGUUAGAAUGUUUAUUUUAUAUUGACCUAGCUAUAAAUCUUUUUUUUUUUUUGUUAUUGAACGUCUGAUAAAUCUCAGUGAUUUCAUUCUAUUGAAAGCAGUACUUACUUUUGUUUUACUUCGGGUUGUUACAAAAUGCAUGUUAGUGUUCAAAUAUCAGAAAUAUUAUCUUCAAAGGAAAACAAGAAGGAGAUUAUGUUGGCAGUAAUAAGAUAGUUUUUAAGAGGUAUCAAGAUACCAGUAAGAUAUUCCAGUGAAUUUGAGUUAAAAAUAUAAUCCUAUAUUUCUUUAUAAAAAUUACUUAAUACAUUACUUCUUUUCACUUGAACUGAAUCCCUUAUAUAACUUGUUUACUGGAUCAAACUUUAUACUUCUAAAUGCUCAGUCUUCUGGGUUUGACCACUGUUAUAACUUUAUACAUUUAGUUCAUAAUUCUGCGGACAAAACAUUAUUAAGAAUUGUUCACAAAGUUCUACCCGAUAUUCCUUUUUAGUGUUAUGUCUAAUCAACUUACUUUAACAGAAGUAGGAGUCAUUUACAUUGUAUAUACAUUCUCGCAUCGUUUUCACAGAGCUUCAAAGAGUAAACCUGGUGCAUAUUAACCAUUUAUGUAAUUUAUUUGAAAGUGAAUAAAAUUAAACUAUUAA